UUCGGUUGAUUCCAGACUGUAUAUGCCGGUUUGCCCCUGGCCGCUCUGAACCUCGACGUUGACCACCCCUUCCAAGUCUCCCACAAGUAGUUCACCCUCAGCGAUCAGCCGGGACGGACCUGGGUUUGUGUUCCCCGACUCGCAUCCUCAUUUCCAAGUUUGUCCGACACACUGGCCAGUCAGAUUAUCAGAAACUUCCCGUUAUGGCUGCUGCUAGCUCCCUCGAUCAGCCGUUUGAUUACAUUGUCGUCGGCGGCGGUACGGCUGGCUUGGUCGUCGCCAAUCGUCUCACCGAGAACAGCGAUGUCCGCGUUCUCGUCGUCGAAGCCGGGGCUGAUCGCACCGCUGACCCCUUGGUCCUCACCCCGGGCUUGGCCGGUGCUCUGUAUGGCAAGGAGGAGUACGACUGGAAUUUCCUCUCGCCGCCGCAGCCGACCCUGAAAGACCGAUGUAUCAACCAGUCUCGUGGCAAGAUGCUGGGCGGUAGCUCGGGCUUGAACUUUCUGAUGCUGAUGUACCCGCCCAAGGGCAACAUCGACGCGUGGGCUGCUCUGGGCAACCCGAGCUGGAACUAUGACGCGCUGACGCCCUACUUUCGCAAAUUUGCGACUGUCCACCCGCCACCUCAGUCCGCCAAGAACUUACUUGGGUUGACCUACCUCAACGAGGACCUGGCCAAGGGGGACGGGCCUAUUCAUGUUUCGUUCAGUGAGGGUUAUGGUGUGACAAACAAGGCUUGGAUGCAGACGUUUGCCGACCUUGGUCUUGGUAUCUCGAGCGACCCCCGUGAUGGAAAGGCGCUGGGUGCCUUCCAGAACCACGCGAGCAUCGACCCUGUCACUCACACCAGAAGCUAUGCCUGCACCGGCUAUUACGCGCCUGAAGUCGCCAAGCGGCCGAAUCUCGUGGUGCUGACCGAGACCCUAGUGAACAAAAUCCUCUUUAACACAAUGAGCGGCGGGGAUGCCGUUGCCACGGGCGUCGAGAUCAUCACCAAGGAUGGCGAGAAGAGACAAGUCUCAGCCCGCACCGAGGUUAUCCUCGCGGCCGGCGCGCUGCAAACACCCCAGAUCCUCGAGCUGUCUGGCGUCGGCGGCCGGGACCUGCUGGAGAAGCACGGCAUUCCCGUCAUCGUCGACAAUCCCAACGUCGGCGAGCAUCUCCAGGACCAUCCCAUCGUCUGCCAGAGCUUCGAGGUGGCCGACGGCGUGCCCUCAGGCGACGUCCUGCGCGACCCCAACGUCCUCCAGACAUUGAUGGGUAUGUACCGGUCGGGCGGCGCCGGCCCGCUCGGCCAAAGCAUCAUCAGCGUAGCCUAUGCCCCCCUUGUUGACGGCACCGGCAUCGCCUCGGUCGAAGCCAAGGCAGCCCUUUUCUCGGAGCACGAAGCAACCCUCACCACGCCCGAGGCCAAAAUCAUCCGCAGCCUCAUCGAAUCCCCCACCGAGCCCGCCUUCCAAUACCUCCUCUUCCCCAGCCAGGUCUCCAUCCCCGACCGCCCGACCAGCAUGGCCCACUACAUCACGCCCGUACUGCCCGAAAACUACAUCACCAUCAUGACCAUCCUCAACCAGCCCUUCUCGCGCGGCAGCGUGCACGUCACCAGUCCCGACGUUAAGGCCCCGCCCCUCUGGGACCCGCGGUACAAUGCCAAUCCGCUCGAUAUGGAGCUGCUCGCGCGCGGGGUGCAGUUUGUCGAGCGCAUCGUCGACCCGGCUACCCCCUUCGGACGAAUCCUCAAGCAACCGGACGGCAAGCGGCAGCCGGCGCUGCGGGCCGAUGCGGAUGCCAAGCUCGAGACGGCGCGCGAGAUUGUUCGGCAGCGGCAGAUCUCGGUGUUUCACGUUGCAGGCAGCUGCGCGAUGCGGCCGCGGGAGGAGGGAGGGGUGGUGGAUGAGCGGUUGAGGGUGUAUGGGACGAAGGGGUUGAGGGUGGUUGAUGCGAGCGUGUUCCCGCUUGAGCCGGUUGGGAAUAUACAAAGUGUGGUGUAUGCUGUUGCUGAGCGGGCGGCGGAUUUGAUUAAGGAGGAUCGCCUCGGGGCUAUCUAGUUAGGGGGUUGUGACUUGGGGGGGUCAUCUGACGAUCUGGCGAUUCAGGCAUUGAUUUCUUUACCAGUAAGAAAGGUAGCUUAGUGGCAGUUUGUGCUACUUGGUAAGAUAGUUGACGUAUAAGAGAUACCUCGGCGCAGAAAAAGAUCGUCUGUAUUGUUG